UGAUGAUAUGGGGGUGACAAAUAGCAUAAACAACUGGGAGCUCGCUGUGUCUAAAACAUGGGCGGGGGUUUGGUCCUGGCGCACAAUUAUUCACCCUGCUGAACUUUUGGUUCGAAGUAGACAAUUUGGGCUGACAAGCGCCCAAGUGGAGAAGAAAGACUGUCCAUGCUGCCCAUGCUUUGUGUCGAAGCUGAUAUUGCGGCGUUGCCGCUAGGAGUCAUUCCAGAGGUUGUGUCGGAGAGCUCUGAGGACUCUGCUGCCUGUGAGAACACCAAAGUUGAGGAGCCCAAGAACCCGGUGCAGAAGCAGUUCAAAUCUGAAGACAGCAAAGGUAGCAACAACAGCAAGAUGGACAAGAUUGUCACGAAGCACCACAAGCGGCUGGCAACCGAACGGAAGGCAAUUGGCCUUUUUCUGCAUCAGAAUGGCUUCAAGAUUGAUGUGAACUGUCAAAAGAGCUCCAUGUACGGGUUCGUGUACACUUAUCCCCUCAUCGAGGCAGUGAAGCAGCAAAACGCAGUCAUGGCGUCUUUGUUGCUGAAGUUUGGCGCGGACCCCACCUUGAAGGACAGCUAUGGAUGGACCGCAUAUCGCCGAGCUGUGAAGAUGAAGUCGUGUGAGCUUCUCCGGGUCUUCGAGAGGAAGCAGUGCAGUGAUGAAGACUUGAAGAUCCGCAUGGCGAAGCGUGGCAAAUCAGUUUGUGAUAGGUUUCCGCCGCCCAAAGGUUUCGAGACCUUCUUUGCGGCAUUGGAGGGUGACCCAUUGGCACACAAGCGACCGCAGGUUGCCAAGCAGACGGGUUGUCUCUUCUUCAGGACA